GUCUUCAUGCCGACUUCGCAUGCCUGAUCUAUCAGAUGCUCCAGAACAAGCUCCCGGAGGACGUUGUCCACAACAUCAUCCGCGGCGCGGUCGAGGUCGAGCGUGAGUUCAUUUGUGACGCCUUGUCCUGCGACCUCAUUGGCAUGAACAAGGACCUGAUGACGAAGUACAUUGAGUUCGUGGCCGAUAGGUUGCUCAGCGCCCUGGGACACAGCAAGAUCUUCGGCUCCUCCAACCCUUUCGACUUUAUGGAGCUCAUCUCGCUGCAAGGCAAGACCAACUUCUUCGAGAAGAGGGUCGGUGAGUACCAGAAGGCUGGCGUCAUGGCUGGAGCUGGUGAUGGUCUGAACGCCUUCUC